AUGACCAUUGCGCAAGCUGAGCACUUAGAGUGGAAGGAGGAAUAUGAUAAUCUGCUUGCAAAUCUCAGCGAAUCGGCCGACACGAAUACUGCCCCGUGGGAGCUUCUACGGGAAAUAAUAAAGUACAAAGUGUCAGAUAAUGUUAGGCCGGACCUAGGGACCCCUCCACCUCCAGCCACAGCUCAGAACCCGCCGGAUACUGUACCGGACUAUGUGGAACGGAUAGGAAGAGCUCUGGAUGGUUUUGAAAGAACACCGUUCACAAUUCAGAGGCUAUGCGAGCUGGUAACGAGACCGUCGGAGGGGUAUGGUACUGUCUGGAAGUACCUAAGGGCUUUGUUCAGUUUUCUCAACAGGAGAAAGUUUGCACGUUGGGAGGCUCUGUCCCAUAUACCCCGAAUGGCAACACAAAUGGCAAGUCCUUGCAUGUUCAAAUGGAGUGAUGUCAUGCUUUGCAUUGCCCCCAUGGACAUUUCGACCUCGACGGUAACGCUUGCUGUUUCGGAACCUGCGGUUUCUGCGGAACCGGCAUCCCAAGAAGUAGAAGCAGAGCCUGUCACAAACGGCGUUACAAAUGGAAUUGGGAACGAGGGUCCGAUUUCUGCAUCGUCAGCAAUACCGAUGGAUAUCGUGGAUUGA